AUGGAUAACCUGACAUUCAAAUACAGCAUACUCUUAGUAGAGGGACUGAAAAUAGCACCUCAGUCAUGCCAACCAACAUUUAUUAUUCUUUUGAUUGCUUAUGUAGUUAUUUUAAUAUUUAACAUUGGUAUUGUGAUUCAAAUUUCAGCCGAAAAAAGUUUACAUGAGCCUAUGCACAUUCUGUUCUGCCACUUACCAAUUAAUGAUAUGAUGGGGGCAACUGUUCUUGUGCCACUCUUGCUAAGGGAUAUUUUAACAGAUCCCUCUAUGCGCUACAUCACUUAUGUGGAGUGUGUUUUACAAGCUUUUUUUACACAUUUGUAUGGAACAACAUCUCACACUAUUCUAAUGAUCGGCCUGACUAUACGUCUGUCUCACUGCAGAUAUGUGAUUCAAAACCACAUGUGUGAUAAUGCUUCACUAUUUAAACUGUCCUGUGAAAACGUUGUGAUCAAUAAUGUGUAUGGAUUAACUUUCACUGUGGUUUUACUCACCUCUUCUAUUGGGUUCAUAGCAAUCACAUAUCUCAGAAUAGCAAUGGUAUGCAUAAAAAGCAAAAACAAAGCAACAAACAGCAAAGCCAUAAAAACUUGCUGCACUCACUUGGCUGUUUAUAUAAUUUUGCUUGUCUGUGGAUUUACACCGAUUAUUCUCCAUCGUUUCCCUGAAUACAAUGACAGUCGGAAGUUAGCUAGUGUAAUGUUUCAUGUUUUACCGCCAGCCUUGAAUCCCAUGAUAUAUGGUUUACAAGCCAAAGAAAUAAGACAGAGCAUUUUCAAAAUUUUUAGAAAUAAAGUCAAUACUAAAAUUUUUUAA